CUCUCGGUUUCAGUAUACAUAUUUUUCUUUCUCAGCGCGAUCAAAGGUUGGUCUGUCUAUUUACUUACUCAACUGUUCACCUGGCCUUUAUGAUGCUAAACAGAGGCAAACAAUUUUCAAACAUUAAUAUAGUUGUGCUUAAGCUUGGUCGACAUGCAUGAAGUAUUAUUAUGACUACUUGAAAAGAACGGAGCUUUGCAGAGUUUAGAAGCUACAGCAGGUGGCGAAGAGCUAAUAAGAAUGGAUAAGAUUUCAGAUUUCUUGUGUACUAAUUGUGUUGGUAUUGUGGCUUCUUCGAUCUUCGUGUUCAUCUUGGGAGGUAUCUUGGCAUACAGCGGGUUGUUCCACCGCGUGGUCGUCAGGAAAUUGAUUAACCCGGUUGGGAAACUUCGUGUAGCUUAUCUCUACAACACUGGACCAUAUCGAAAUUGUGGACCACUUUUCGACCGCGUGUCUCGUUUGGCGCCUCAUGCACGAUGUAUGGGUAUUUACUAUGAUGAUCCAAAGGUGACCCCCGAGAGUGAGCUGCGUUACAUGGUCGGAACGAUUUUGAGCGAGGACGGCGAGAGGGUAGAUGAUACGAUAGAGAAACGAUGUGAGGACGAUGGUUUCAGAGUGAUUGAGUUUCCUGCUAUCUCUGAAGCUAUUGGAACUAACUUCCCUUUCCCAUGGAUGUUAUCCAUCUUCAUUGGUAUCUGGAAGGUAUACCCAGCUCUCAAUAAGACGAUUAAGGAAGAAGAAUUGCAUCCGGGACCUUGUUUUGAGAUAUACAGCGAUGGAAUGACCAAUUUUUACAUCCCUCUUAACAACCGUGAUGCGUAUUACGUUCCUGAGGCACUGAAGACCAAAUCAACUUAAAUUUUGUUCACCAAGCAGAACUUAUCUUAAACACGUUUGCGAUAACCCUUAAACUCUGCAUGGAGAGGAAGGAUUCAUCGAGUGGGACAGAUUCAAGAUUUCAUCAGGGGCACUGAAAGGGACUUCAUUUUAACGCAACAAACAUUCACAAGAGAAAAAAAGGAAGGACCCUGCACCUAAAACAUCCCUAAUAUUCCUUUCCUUUUUAGUUCCAUUAUGUAGAUGAAAAUUUGAAGAAAAAAAAACAUGUCAACUGUCGCCGUUCUUGUAACAAGUCGUGAUCUAUUUUGUAUGAUGAACAAAAACGUAUUUACCUAAUUUCCCUCUCAUUCCAAUUUUCCUGUAACAGGGGAAUGAUAAAGUAAAACUUGUCAAAAAUGGGCACACACCUCCUGUAUUAUGCACCUUCAUAUAGGGGCCGCGGAACCGGGGGCAAGGGCUUCAGCACGUAUAUAAAAACUUAAAAAUGACCAUCUGAUUGUGAUUUUUUUUAUCGUUGUCAGCUCCCACUUACGUCUCAGCCACCCCCACCAAGCACUCACUUUCAAAAUCUCUGCUUCCCCUCAUCGAAGGUUCCGUGCCUGAUCUUGAGUAGUAGAUGAUGUGGUGAUUACAACUUUAGUUCUAUGGCUUCAGGAAAUAUUCGUACAGUUUUCAACAUCUAAGAGAAUGAGUCGAUCUACACACCAUUUGUGUUUUCAGUCGGGAUUUUAAUAGAUUCUAAAAAAAGUGAUAAAAAUAAUUGGGAAAAGUAUAAUGUAAUUUUAAGUCCGUUAUCGUGUUUAUUAUUGAUAUAAUUGUGCUGGAAUUAACACACUUAGUAUAAAAACAAAAGCUGUAUUAACAAAUUACUUUAAAGAAUAUUCUUAAGUAAAGGGGGUAAUACUAUAGUAACACUGCACACCGUCCAAGUAUCUUAUUUUAAUGGAAUACCGCUAUUUUUAGUACAGUGCAUAUAAUACAAUGUAUGUUCAUAAUGUAGGCCAUGAAAGUAUUUUCAUUUUAAAACAAAUUGUUUUGAUAAGUAUACAAUUACAUUGUUAUAAGUUAUAAAUUCAGUCAAUUAACUGACUCAUUUUUAGUAGGAUACAUCAUUAUUUUGGAGAUUGCUUGUGAAAACAGUAUUUCUAAACAUACUCAUCACAAUUCUAGCCAUUUUUUGUUUUGCAUGAAUGAUAUGUUACACUGAUUUUCAAGUAUAUACCAAUUAGAUAAAAGCAUACUAUUCUUUCAUUUUUUUAAAUAAAGUAACUUUUUUGAAGUCGUGUA